GAGCACAUCGCCGCCUUCUGUGGGGCUGCAGCUCGUGGGGAGCUGGAGAAGAUGCAGAGGUUCUUUCGGAUCGGCCUCCAUGUCGACGAGACGGACGCCAACGGCAGGACGGCGCUGCACGUCGCAAGUUGCGAAGGUCAGAUGGAGGCGAUCCUGCGGAUGCUGGCGAACGGCAUCGAGAUCAACGUGAGCAACUACGACUCGAGGACCGCCCUCCACCUGGCAGCGAGUCAGGGCAACACGGCAGUGGUGGAGUACCUGCUGGAGAAGAAGGCGGAGGUGAACGUCAAGGACAGGAUGGGAGGAACGCCGCUCGCCGAUGCGCUGCGCCAUGGCCACGUGCAGAUCCAGUCGCUGCUGAGGAGCGCUGGGGCUCAG